CCUUGCGAUCCGUACUUCCACGACUUCUAUGGAAGCUCUCAUGCGUUUUCCAAGGCUACAUGCUUCGCAGAGUUUGCGGCGUAUGAUACAUUCAAGCGCCGCGCAGUUGAAACUUCAGCCACAGAACUUGAAAGGCAAGAGCAAAGCUUCGCAGGAUUGGCUGACGAGGCACCUUAACGACCCCUACGUGAAACAAUCGCGGUACGACAACUACCGAGCGAGGAGCGCUUAUAAGCUUGUGGAGAUUGACGACAAAUACCGUAUCCUGAAACCUGGCUGCACCGUAGUGGAAUGCGGAGCAGCGCCUGGAGCCUGGACACAAGUUAUCGUGGAAAGGAUCAACGCCAACGGAGCAGACCACACCACCACAAGAGGAACGGUCAUUGGCCUAGACCUUCUGCCUAUUGAUCCUGUCCCUGGUGCCACCUUCCUCCCUAACACCGACAUACUGAAGCCAGAGUCCACAACAAAGGUCUUGCAAUGCCUCAGUGGCAAAUCUGCGGACGUUGUACUCAGCGAUUUGGCACCAAACGCCAGUGGUGUGAAAUCUCUUGACCACGAGGGAAUUGUCGCACUUACAUACGCAGCUCUCAUACUCUCCUUCAAAGUUCUCAGCGUUCGUGGUUCUUUCCUAUGCAAAAUCUGGAACGGCAGUGAGGCAGCCAAGCUAUCAGACGACAUCAGAAGGUUUUUCCAGUUUGUACACUACGUGAAGCCACCGGCAAGCCGAAAGGAGUCUGCCGAGAUUUACAUCUUGGGCCGUGAAUUCAAGGGAGUCGAGAAAUAACCAAGCAGUGUAACCAAGGAGAUCGAGUGCAGCCCAAGUGUUGCUCCUAUUGCGCACUCUAGCUGUAGAUGUUUGUGCUGUGCUGACAGCAAGCAACCAGUGCCAAUGCAGGAGUGUGCACCAAGACCUUGCAAGUUUUGCGAGUCUGCACUCGCCAGGUACACCUGCCCAAGGUGCAAUUGUGGGUACUGCUCUAUCAAAUGCUACAAGGAUGCCAGACACCAAGGCUGCAGCGAGGACUUCUACAAGGACUGGGUCCAGACUUACUUGCGCAUGGAACAGGCCAACCCUGAAACCCAGCGAAAGAUGGUGGGCAUACUAAAGGCCGUCCAGAAAGAAGAAGAAGGAGAAGAUGAUGACCAGGAAACGGACGAAGUGGCUGCUCUCGUCCAACGUCUGGAACAGACUGACAUCGACGCUGAAACUGCCUGGAGCUAUCUCACCCCAGACGAGAGGCAAGAGUUUGAACGCAUGGUUCAGACAGGUGAUGUUGCAAAGCUUGUUCCACUAUGGAAGCCAUGGUGGGAAGAAACGGCCCUUGUCAGCGAAGUGACGGCGGAGGAGAGCUCCAAGCAGACUGUCCAGCCUCUCGGCACGUUGACAAGCAAGCCGCCUGCAGCAUGUGUCGUGAACAGUGUGGUGAACGUUUUGUGUAGCUACGUCCAUGUUAUACGACUGUACAAUGGGGAGAUGGUUCCUCAGAGUGCGGAAGAGUUCCUUAGCAUCAGCUCAGUUUUGACAGAUGAUGCUGUGUAUGGCACCUCCGCUGAAGCUGUUCAGGCUGUGCUGCAAAAAGUCGUCAUGAGUCAAAGUGUGACGGCUACUGAAGAGCUCCCAUCUUUGCUCAGAGCCUUUCGGAAGUUUCUGGGAAGUCCGCGAUUGAAGGACAAUGCACUGAGAGCUUUGGAUGAAACUCGUAGUGUAUUCGAAGCAGCAACAAGAGAACCUGAAUGCCAGAGGGAGCUGAAAGUAAAGCUUCGACGGGCUAUAAAAAAGGUUGAGUACAUGAUGUCGUGGACAGUGGAGCAUGGAGAUAAACUGCUGUCAUGCCUAAAUGACAUUGACGUUGAAGCUCUUGCAGUUGCCGAGAAUGUGUCAACAUUUGAGGAGGCACGCAAGGUAGUUGAGGAACAGAGGAAUACGACCUCGAAGCCAAGAGUGCUGAUUGAAGAGCUCAACUAAGUUCCAUGUGACACUAAUGACACCAUCGUCAUAUAGGCAUCUCCUGUCAAUAAAGUUUGUGAAUUAAGUCACAC